AUGAAAUUGUUUUUCUUGACAAUUGUAGCAGCUCUUCUUGUUGCUGCUUCGGCAUCUCCAUUAUUCUUUAAGGAUAAGUUUUAUCACAAGGAAGUGUCACUACCUUUUUUGAAUGUUCGGAGAACUAUUUCGACUGGAAACGGUCCUGUCUUUGUCGGUCAAGAAGGCUACGGCAAAGGCUUUGUCCAGGGAGGUGGUUAUGGUUAUAAUUAUGGCUACGGCGGCGCACAAAAUGGCGGUGGACAACAACAACAACAAACUGUGAUAAUUCAAAAGGAUGAGUCAAGUCAUCAUCAUGGUGGUUACAAUCACGGAGCUGGUUUUAACUCUCAAGGAUUUUCUCAAGGUCAUGGAGGAGGAUUUUCUCAUGGAGGUAAUAACCAGCAACAACAACAACAACAAACAGUUGUCAUUCAAAAAGAUCAUGGAAGUCAAGCAAUUGGAACUGGUCAAGGUCAAUUUCAAGGUCAUGGACACGGUUCUGGAGGUCAACAACAGCAACAACAACAACAAACGGUAGUUGUUCAAAAUGACAAUUCCCAUGGAAAAAACUUUGGCGGUCAUGGAUCAAAUAACGGACAAAAUUCAGGUUAUCAAAGCUCUUAUAGUACUGGAUUUGCAACCGGAUAUGCUUCUGGUCAGCAAUCUGGGUACAAUAAUAAUUGA